AUGCCCAUCCCUCCAACGUUGGAGCCAACAAUGGAGAAACGGUGGUCACAUGUCUUCCUCUUCACCAUCUUUUUCUUCCCUCAGUUCCUUGUGCAAUCACAUGCUUCGCCGGAAUACACUCGCCAACCUCCCCGCCCACUCAUCUUCUCCACGAACACCCGAUCGGACUCCGCCCCUCAACAGGUUCACAUAUCAUUGGCCGGGAAAGAUCACAUGAGGGUGUCAUGGAUUUCCUCCGAUAAACACAUGCCGUCGACCGUUGAUUAUGGAAAGAUAUCAGGGAGAUAUGAAGCCUCAGCAACGGGACAUGAUACAUCGUAUACUUAUUUUUUUUACAGCUCUAAUAAGAUUCACCACGUCACCAUCGGACCAUUGGAUCCAAGUACGACAUAUUAUUACAGGUGCGGUGGUUCUAGCCCCGAGUUCUCCUUCAGGACACCUCCUUCAACAUUGCCUAUUGAAUUUGUUGUGGUUGGUGACCUAGGGCAGACAGAAUGGACUGCAUCAACCCUAGCACAUGUUGCAGCAGAGGACUACGAUGUCUUCCUGUUACCUGGUGAUCUUUCGUAUGCUGAUACACAACAGCCCCUUUGGGACUCAUUUGGACGCCUAGUCGAGCCAUACGCGAGCAUUCGGCCAUGGAUGGUGACCGAAGGCAACCACGAAAUCGAAACCUUCCCAAUCGUUUACCCCCAUGGAUUCAGAGCAUACAAUGCAAGAUGGUUAAUGCCAUACCAAGAGAGUGGUUCCAAUUCAAACCUAUACUAUUCAUUUGAUGUGGCUGGGACCCACAUUGUCAUGCUGGGAUCCUACACUGAUUUCGAUGCUAGCUCGGAUCAGUACAAGUGGCUCAAGGCUGACUUGGCUAAAGUUGAUAGGAUAAAGACGCCAUGGAUCCUUGUUCUCCUCCAUGCACCUUGGUACAAUACUAACUCUGCCCAUAAAGGAGAAGGAGAGAGCAUGAGGAAAGCUAUGGAAGAGAUGUUGUAUAAGGCACAAGUUGACGUUGUUUUUGCAGGACAUGUUCAUGCCUAUGAGCGCUUUACUAGGGUUUAUGAUAACAAGGCUGACCCAUGUGGUCCGGUCUAUGUGACCAUUGGUGAUGGAGGAAACCGAGAAGGGCUUGCUUUAGACUUUGAGAAUCCGAGUCCCUCGAUAUCACUCUAUCGGGAGCCAAGCUUCGGACAUGGUCGGUUGAGGAUUUAUAACAACACGCAUGCCCGCUGGUCAUGGCACCGGAACAACGAGUCCGACUCAUUUCAGGCUGACGAGGUAUGGUUUGAACGUUUGAGCUCGUCUAACACUUGCAAGGGUACCGUGCAAGGCCAAAUACACUCAAACUCUAUUGAUGAACUCUAAGCCCAUGCAAAAAAAUAGAUGUAUUGAAGAUGAUCCAGAUAAUUGUAAUCUUGUAUUAUGAUUUGUUGAAGUUGCAAUGUCAUUGUGUAGAUACAUUCUUUGCUAUUUCAAGCAUGUAGUUAAAGAACUUGUUAUUUGCAUCAUAGACUAUACAGGAAAAAUUUGAAAG